AUGCCUCUUCUAAGAGGUUACCUGCAGCAACAACAUAAAGUUGUGACAAAUCCGAACAAAUUAGUUAACCACGGUUCAAUAUCAGAAAGCCAGUCUGCUCUGCGUUACCUGCAGCUGAGCAAAGAACGUGAGUAUGAACCGGAUCGAUACAGAUUCUUUUUGUUAGUUGUGAAACUGAACUACGAAACGAGCACAGAUCUCCACGUAACGGAGGUCUUUUUCCUUCGUUGUAUUGCUUUGCGGACGGGAGAUUUCUUUGCUCGCCUUCCCCCAAAUAUACCAAGAUUCCCAACUGUUCUCUCACAGGCCUGGGUCCUGGCUCACUACGGACAGGUAUCAUUAUUGCUGGAAGGGCGGACAGAUUUUCCGGAGGAACUCCGGGGCACCAAGAAAGGGAUGUUGUACCUCACCCAGUACAAAAUGAUAUUCCAGCACAAAGAUAAGGGAUCCACCAUCAUCCGUUUCCCACUGCAGCUCCUAGGAGAUUAUGUUCUGGAGGAGGAGCCAAGCUCCAAAUCUCAGCAUAUCAAAGGAACUCUGACUUCCAUCCAGGGAGUUCUUGCUUUCAAGUUCACCUUCCAGUACGGAGCUUCCGACUGCCUCAACACGAUCAAGGAUCUGGCGGAAGCAGGCACACUGAGAGAAGGGACCAACCUCCAGGAAUACCCCACUGCCUCCAUCUAUACCUACGCUCAUCCUGCUGCACCUCGGACAGCUCGGUCUCUCAACAUGCUGCCCCUGUGGCCGCCCCCCUACCCUGGCCCUCCAGAUCUCCCCCCUCCUUACUCUGAAGUGGAAGCAACGUCUCCGAGAGGAAGCCGGGGUUCAGCAGCAGAGAUGCAACAGGGCUGCUGUUACUGCAGAGGACAGAGGUUCCAAAAUCCAGUUAACAGCCAGGACUGAAGACUGAGCGCACAAGUGUACUUUUCUAAAACAGUAGCCAGAUGCUGUGGAAAUGGGGGACAUUUAUGCUGAUGGGUGAUUAAAAUGGAAAUUAAUUACUGG